AUGAAAGUAUUCGUUAUAUUCUUUUCAUUCCUUUUCUUAUUCAUUUCGGGAAAAAUCGUCGACUUCAUCCAAAUUGCCGACGUCCAUUACGACAAGUUCAUGGACUGUUCUCUUUAUGACGACACAACAAACUGUCGCACUAACCCUUUUGUCACAUUUUCAUCAACAAACAGAUUCUAUCAUAAAUAUAAGACCAACCCUAUGUAUAACCCUAUGUUCGGACGAUACUUCUGCGACUCCAAUAAGAAUUUGUUCCUCGAAUCUGUUCAACAAGCAUUCAGAGUAUCCCCACAUCCAAAAUUUAUCAUUUUGAGUGGCGACUUACCUGCACAUGCCCCUGGAGAGUAUUUUCAAGACACUAUGAAAGAAGGUGUCAAUAUAGUUCAAAGGAGAUUCCCAGGUGUUCCAAUUGUAUUUUGCUUGGGUAAUAACGAAGUUGAACCUGCGUAUAUCACUUCGUGUGAUGAUAAAAGAUAUGAAAAGUACUUCCAAUUUUUAAAUACCACGUAUAUCCCAUUAAGUGAAAAAGAAUCUUUUGUGAGGCACGCCAGUUACGUAAGACACUUGAACCAUUUACAACUGACUGUUGUGAUGAUAAACACUUUACUUUAUAGUCCAAGAUAUAAAGGUGAAGACUGUGGAUCGUUGGAGCACAUUCGAGAAGGAAUAAACCAUGCUCGUGCUUUAGGUAAUUCAGUGCUUGUGGUUGGGCACUUCCCAAUUGGAGUUUCUGCAUUUGAUUGUCGGAGUUAUAUGGAAAAGAGUAUUCAAGACAGACUCUUUAAUAUUCUGCAAGCAAAUGAAGACAUCAUAAUUGGUAACAUUUUUGGGCACUGUCAUAGAGAUGAAAUUAAAGUGGUCAACGGGGUUACUGCGAUGACGAGCAUCUCUGUUUCACCAUUUCUUGGAAAUGCACCAGGAAUAAGAGUUUAUAGUUAUGAUAUUAAUAAAAGGAAACUAUAUGAUUACGUUGACUACUUCAUGUAUUUUGUCAAGUCCUCAUUGAAAGAAAAAGGUAUAUGGACGGCUGGAUUCUCUUUCAAACAACUGUACGGUGUCGAAGAUGCCUCUCCGAAUUCUAUUAAAGAAGCUUUGAAACACAUUAAAAGAGACCAUCUUUUGUACUUAAAUUAUUCAAUGUUCACCAACGGACUCUUUGAUCCAGAUUUCAAGAACACACUCUGUAGAAUCACUUCCAACAACAUAGAAGAGGGUCUUAAAUGUCAACAGUCGUUGCUUUAA